AUGGCAGCACCAGACCACCGUUCGUCAUCGAGACGCAAAAUAUGCAACAAGUGCGAAACCAGCCAGACCAACCCCAGCAGACCUGCCUGCUCUGCUGCAUGUCCGGCAAUCAUUCGAUCGAUCAAUCGAUGGCUGCAAGAAAUGCCGACUACGAUGACGACGACGAAACGAAAUCGGUCCUACCGUCUACAGAACCCGAGUGACAGGUCGAUCGGGUGCGACUGGCAGACCGUUCGCUGCCACUACCGUCUCGGUGGCAACUCAGCACAUACGCACACAUACUCACACCCACAAAUACACUUGAAAUCGUUGACGAUUUUCCUCACUCACCGAACAACGUCGAUCUGCUGCGAGGAUCAUCGGGUUUUAUCGAUCGGAGGAUCAAUCGAUGGACAGUCGAUUUUGAACCAAUGCAACGAACGGUAA